AUGGACAGGACUUAUUACACUGUAUAUAGUAGACCACGAAUCCCAGAACAGCCAGAGUUUAUUCCACGCCAUGUACAACACGAUAUCUCGUACGCACCUGUUUUUUCGCACCUUAAAUCGUCAAAAUUCAUUAUUCAGUUCAUUAUGAAGUGUGUUAUACUGUUCUUUAUCACAUUCUUAAUCAAAGUCCCGAUUCACUUAUCAUCUAGCUAUGCAUAUCUGUCUUUUGUGCCAGAAAUAUCAAAAUAUCUGGUCAUUCUAUCAUUUUUUGGGUUAUUUUCUGCUGGGACCUUCUUAAAGCACUUUAAGUCAAUUAGUUCCCCUAAUAACUCCAUUCGGGAAUACAUCCUGGCCAUAAACCUGAUACUCUUGAUGAUUUCGCCAAAUACAAAGACUAUUACACCUUCUACAGCAACAUACGAUGCGUUCUGGAUAUUCUUCCUAUCCUUUAUGUGGGCAUUCAAAUUAACAUUCUAUUGCAGUGAUAUAACAAAUUACUUAAUUAGGCGAACACAGCUUAUGGCACUUUGCAGCGUGUCUUUUGUCCAAAUACUUUUAUUAUUCUCUACACUUCGUAAAGAAGGCAUGGAUCCUGCUAUUUUUUUAAAUAUUUCAUUGCUUUUUUCUGGUUAUACUAUAAGUUCAAUAAUCAUUGAGUACUUCAGAUUUAGCACAACAGAGAGACUAAUUGUCAAUGAUAUAGUUAAAAUAUUAUCAAUAUUUUGCAUAUUCAUGUAUUUACUUUAUGCACAGAUAUGCUAUCAGAAUACGUUUAUAUUGUAUGCCGAAAGGUGGUUUGUGUGCACACCCCUUGUAUUUUUUAAUAUUUUACUAUUACUUCAUGUAUUUAUUAAGUCAUGCUAUGGUGAUAUUAUUUAUUAUAAGUGUGUAUCGUAUGCUAAAAAUAUAAAUAUAUUGUACAUCAUAUUGUUAAUAUACGUUAUAUAUGUAUAUAGCAGAGCAAUUACAGCAGGAUUUGCUAAUGAUAGACUAAUUAAAGCAUAG